AUGAACUAAACAAAGAGUACUAUCGCGAGAUAUGAACUGCGCACUCUGUGUCUUACGCGUGGUGAUAGCUGCACCACUCUCGUCAACAAGUUACCCUCUAGUACCGAGUGGUGUGCCUUAAAUAGUGGACUAGUGAGCAGUAGAAGUUAUAUUUUACUGUUGUUCGCAGUGCGAAAGAGGAUGUCUGACAGGCUCGUAAGUGCAAAAUGUUCUCCGCUCCACUGAAAAGUAGAGGAGGCAGUAGGGACGCAGAAUCUAUGCUGAUAGGGCACAGGAGUGUAUUAGUGUGAAAACAGGUCACUCUGCGACUGGCGAUGGGCGAAUCGUUUAGCAUAGAGGGCGUUGCUGCGACGGCAGCGACCGAGGGCAUAAUGCGGUUUUUGGUGGAUCAGGACACGGUGCGGCCGGUGGUGGGGGCGGCAGAGGACGCGAUCGACGCGGCUGACAUUCUGUUGUUGUCUACGGCGCUGCCGGUGAACGCGUCGGAUGACGGCUCCCCUGGAAAGGCGGGGGCGUCCAACUCGUCGGCGGCCGCGGCGGCGCUGGAGGUGGUGGCCGUGCGGCACCCUCUGUACGUGGUGGUGCCCAUGACGGUCCUCUACGCCAUAAUCUUCUUCACCGGCGUGCUGGGCAACAUGACGACGUGCAUCGUCAUCUACCGCAACAAGCACAUGCACACCACCACCAACUACUACCUGUUCAGCCUGGCCGUGUCUGACCUGCUGCUGCUCGUGUCCGGGCUGCCGCCCGAAGUGUACCAGGUGUGGAAGCACUACCCCUACAUCUUCGGGCUGACCUUCUGCCGGCUGCGCGGCCUCGCCGCCGAGACGUCGUCGAACGCGACGGUGCUGACCAUCACGGCGUUCACGGUGGAGCGGUACGUGGCCAUCUGCCACCCGUUCCUGUCGCACACCAUGUCGAAGCUGUCGCGCGCCGUCAAGCUGAUCGUGGCCGUGUGGCUGCUGUCGCUGGCGUGCGCCGUGCCGCAGGCGCUGCACCUGCAGAUCGUCGGGCCGCCCGGCAUGACGCGCUGCAUGUUCCGCGAGGAGACGGUGCACCACCUGUUCGAGAUCUCGACGUUCCUCUUCUUCGUGGCGCCCAUGACGCUCAUCACCAUACUGUACGCGCUCAUCGGGCUGCGGCUGCGGCGCUCGAGUGCCAUGAAGCGCGACGCCGGGCCCUACGGCCACCGCAACGGCGCCGGCACGGGCCACCAGCACUACGGCUGCACGCCGCGCCACCACCACGCCGCCGGCAGGGCCAGCCAUUCCUCGCAGUCGCGGCGCGUCCUCAAGAUGCUCGCCACCGAAUUUGGCAUCUCACUGUGUCAGGCACUUGGUAAUCACGUCAUCUACGUAUCUGCUGGUCCUCAGCUGUCCUGA